UUGGCACUUCCGGUCACGUGCCUUCAGAGUUCUCGCAGCCAGCGAUGGAGGCGAGACCCCCCGGUAACAGAGGCGGUGGCGACGGCGGCGGCUGCUGGGUUUCAGCCUCUUCCCGGCAGCGUCUCUAAGAAGCGCAGCGGAGCUCGACUCGACCCAGCUCAGUAACUUACUCCUUGCCCAAGGCCGUAGCUCCCACCUGCACCUUCUAGCCAUCAUGGCAACUUCAUCUGAAGAAGUUUUGCUGAUUGUAAAGAAGGUGCGACAAAAGAAGCAGGAUGGAGCUCUGUACCUCAUGGCAGAAAGAAUUGCUUGGGCACCUGAAGGCAAAGAUAGAUUUACCAUCAGCCAUAUGUAUGCAGAUAUUAAAUGCCAGAAAAUCAGUCCAGAAGGAAAAGCUAAAAUUCAACUUCAGCUGGUCCUGCAUGCAGGGGACACAACUAACUUCCAUUUUUCCAAUGAAAGCACAGCAGUGAAAGAGCGAGAUGCAGUGAAAGACCUUCUUCAGCAGUUGCUGCCCAAAUUCAAGAGGAAAGCAAAUAAAGAACUGGAAGAGAAAAACAGAAUGCUGCAAGAAGACCCUGUUUUGUUUCAGCUUUAUAAAGACCUUGUUGUGAGUCAAGUGAUCAGUGCUGAGGAAUUCUGGGCCAAUCGUUUAAAUGUGAAUGCAACAGAGAGUUCUUCCACGUCUAAUCAUAAGCAGGAUGUUGGCAUUUCUGCAGCAUUUCUGGCUGAUGUCCGGCCCCAAACAGAUGGAUGUAAUGGUCUGAGAUACAAUUUAACAACUGAUAUCAUUGAGUCCAUAUUUAGGACCUAUCCAGCAGUAAAAAUGAAAUAUGCAGAAAACGUUCCCCACAACAUGACAGAAAAGGAAUUCUGGACACGUUUCUUUCAGUCCCAUUAUUUUCACAGGGACCGGCUGAAUACUGGGUCAAAGGACCUCUUUGCAGAAUGUGCCAAAAUAGAUGAAAAAGGGUUAAAAACAAUGGUUUCAUUAGGAGUGAAAAACCCACUACUUGAUUUGACAGCUUUGGAAGAUAAACCAUUAGAUGAGGGCUAUGGCAUUUCCUCUGUGCCAUCUACUUCUAAUUCUAAAUCCAUAAGAGAGAAUAGUAAUGCUGCCAUCAUCAAGAGAUUUAACCAUCACAGUGCCAUGGUCCUGGCAGCAGGUCUCAGGAAACAAGAAGCACAAAAGGAGCAAAAUGGCGAGCCCAGCAGCAUUGAUGGAAAUUCUGGAGAUGUAGAUUGCUUUCAGCCAGCAGUAAAAAGGACACACACACAUAUUAACAUACAGUUUUAUUUUCUGGGAAAGAGUAUUCAACAAAGACAAUAUGACAGAAAGAAAAAACUAAAGGCGAAGUUACAAGAGUCCAUUGAAUAUGAAGACUUGGGAAAAAAUAAUUCCAUAAAAACAAUUGCACUAAACCUCAAGAAGUCAGAUAGGUAUUAUCAUGGUCCAACUCCAAUCCAGUCACUACAGUAUGCAACAAGUCAGGACAUUAUUAAUUCUUUUCAAAGUAUUAGACAAGAAAUGGAAGCUUAUACACCCAAAUUAACUCAGGUUCUCUCAAGCAGUGCUGCCAGUAGUACCAUCACAGCACUGUCACCUGGAGGAGCACUGAUGCAGGGAGGGACACAGCAAGCCAUAAACCAGAUGGUGCCAAAUGAUAUUCAGUCUGAAUUGAAACACCUGUAUGUGGCUGUUGGGGAACUUCUACGGCACUUCUGGUCCUGCUUUCCUGUUAAUACGCCAUUCCUAGAAGAAAAGGUAGUGAAAAUGAAAAGUAAUUUGGAACGAUUCCAAGUUACAAAACUCUGCCCAUUCCAAGAAAAAAUUCGGAGACAGUAUUUAAGCACAAAUUUGGUAAGUCACAUAGAGGAGAUGCUCCAGACAGCUUACAACAAGCUCCACACGUGGCAGUCACGGCGUCUGAUGAAGAAAACGUGAAGUGUCCGUGGCUCUCACAGGUUCUGUGAGACUGAGAGAACUGUGACCUGCAGUGACUCUGGAAACCUGGCCUGUCAGACAUGCAGGUGAUCACACAGAAGUGACAAGAAAUAUCUGUACCAUGCCGACUCUUGGAGCUGAUGCUAUUGUACUUGCACAUUAAGAACUGAAAAGAAGGGAACUAUGAUUAAAAGCUAGGGAGGUAAAUUAAGGCAGAACCAAAAUGAGCUAAGUUGCAAAUAUAUAUAUAUAUAUAUAUAUAUAUAUUUUAAAAAGACACUGUUUACAGCAGUUACUCAGGAACUGCUUUUGAUUCACAUUAAGCUGCUUUCAGGAAUCUAAAAAAAAAAAAAAAAACUUUUUAAAAGGGUGCAUUGAUAAAAUCUGAGGAUUUUUGGUUUUGUUUUGUUAUUGUAUAAAUUUUUUUUCCUAAGUUUAUGGCACAGGGUACACCUUAAGUAUUUCUCCUCCAUCUUCCACUUGUAUCCUUAAAUUUUGCUGAAUUCUAGUUGUACCUUACAUCAGCAAGUUAAAGAGAGUACUUUAAAAUAAAGCAGAGGGAGACUGUUGCUCAGCCAUCCAGAAACAGUUGUAGUCAGAAGACAUCAUUGGUCCUGUGUUUCCUACGGAAAUAAGAAACAAUAAAUAUUGCACUGAAUGUUUGUGGUUUGGAGUCCCUAAAUGAUAAAGAGGGGACAUAUUUGCAGAAAGUCGUGUGGGGUUUUUAUGCAGAAUUUUGUCAGAGGACAAUGCGCUGCAUGUUUUUCUUUGAGUGCAAAUGUACAUUGCUAAGAUUUUUUUUUAAGAUGGCAUGUGCUUUGAAAAGAAAUUGCAUUUUUAAGAGUUUAAAAAUCUUAUGAGUGAGAGAUAUAAGAAAUCUUACUUAUUUUCACCUCUUUAGAAAAAAUAAAAGAUGUUUCUCAUAUCUCUUUUUCUCCAGUAUCUGACUGUUACUGUCCUUGGCGAAUUGAUAAUCAUUGCAUAGUGACUGCAAAGCCUAAAUGCAAAAAAAAAAAAAAAAAAAAAAAAAAAAA